CAUACCCAUGGGAACAAACUAUGUCCCUCUGUUAUCCGACUUGGUUUUGUUUUCAUACAAAGCCUAUGAUGAGGAAGAGUUGAAGAACAGUUAACAAGGACGAGUACCAUACAAAGCUGUUAAGUUUCAUCAAUUGACGUUGUGCUAUCUUUAAAUAACAAAACACUUUAUUGACUAUAUACCCUGUAUAAUUCGAAAUGAAGACACAACAUCAAUUUUUACUUAUAACGUAACAAGCAGGGACAGGUUACACAUAGGCAGUAUGAUAAGUGUGAUGCUUUCAAUUGUUAUUUUACCAUUUCAAGAUAGUAACAUCCUUCAUAAAGCUGCCUUUAGUGGUAACAUUUCUCAUUUGAUUUAUUUUUCAAACAACUGUUUCCGUUAUCAAGACUUCCGUGGCAGACGUCGACUACGCACAGAAAACAAAUCCAAUCCAAUCAAGUAAACUAUAAGUUUUCGAGAGAUGCAGAAAAUGGUCGGUUUGAGGCACCGCGCUAUUUCUCAUUUUGAGAUUUUUGAAAUGUUUGAUAUUUCGAAGCAGAAGACGUCUACUCUGACGGAACAUCGGUUCUGAAUCAUGUUGUACUUUAUCAAGGGUCUCUAUGCAAACCUGUGUUUGCUGUCAAAAUCUGCCCUUGUUUUGUGUUAGACUUACAGGUUUGUUAUUAUGGCGGUAUCCUCUGUUGCUUUUGUUAAUCUCGGUUUUGAUCUUUUGAAUUAGAAUUACGUUUUCAUGAUUAUGUGGGUAUUCUCUGUUGUUUAUAUUAACGUUUUAACCUCGUUUUCGCAAUUUAAGAUUAGAGGUAGGGAUUUAUUGACACUUCAAUAUCCUUUUGUUCUAGUUAGUAGCCUUACUGAGAGGGAUUAAUCUGAAGGAAUCACCUGGGUGAUUUAAAAUACCUGAUGCAAUAAUAGCGUACUUACUCGCAGUAUCAUUUUAAAUUCCACUAAGGAAGUUAUUGGAUGAUUAAUACUGAUUUUCCAAUAAUAGAACAAUUUUACAUAAAACGAAUUCCUCCGGAGGACAAUGGAAUGAUAUUCUGGAACAUUUUCUUCGGGCUGGUAAAGUAAAUAUGAUAAAAGUUAUAUGACACAACCAAUAUAAAUAUCGUAUGGGUUAUGUUAUAUAACUUCUAUCCCACAAGGGGAUGGCACGAAAUCGGUGACAAUAACUCUCUGUUUGGACCCUUACCUGUACAUAUCAACACGCCAUCUACACACAUAUAGAUCGUAUAACAAGUUAUUGUUUUUAAGCUUUGUUAGCUUAACCCAUCAGAAAAUAGCUUGUCGGGCAUAGCUAAAAUGAUUUUUUUCUUGUUUCCUGUUUUUCUAACAAGAAAUUAUAGAUCCUUCCAUAUCCUUACCUAUUAAAAAGACAAGUAAUUACAUUGUAGUGAUUAAAUAAUGUCUGUUUAUAUGUAUAUAGAGAGUGCAGAUAAUAGCUUACUGCAAGAAAACAACGACAAACACAUGGAUAUAUAUGUGUAUAUGUAUAUUCGUUCAAUUCAUUACCUUAAAGUAAAUAGCCUCAUUGUCUUAAAACACACGUAUGUUGAAGGUGUUAAACAUUUGUUUGGCAGAGGUUCUUCUUGUUAAUGUAGUAGGCGACAUGUACACCAUCGUAUGCUUGAGUACACACGGGUAUUUUUUCUACGUAAGAGAAAACUGUACGCUGAAAGCAGGUCACGUGUCUCCUUAUAAAUGUACCACUUCCUCAAUUCACCAUAAGGAAAUCAACUGACAUGGCAGUCUAUUUUGACUAUGUUGUUCUUGUUGGAUUGGUCGGUAUGACUACUUGUUUUGAAGGGACUUUACGACUUAUUGGAGGAGAUGACCAGUAUGAAGGAAGACUAGAGGUUUACCACGAUGGCGAAUGGCAGUCAGUUUGUAACGACUACUGGAACGAUGAUAAUACCAUCGUCGCGUGCAGGCAACUUGGAUUAAAAGGAGGAUCAUGGAAAAAUGGAGAUUCGGGUGAUGGAACGUUUUGGUUAACAGAUGUAGAUUGUGAUGGGACUGAAGAUCGUAUUGAAAAUUGUUACUCCAAACCCAUCGUAUCUACCAAAUGCAAGGACGAGCACAAUGCCUAUGUUUAUCAAACGUGCAAACCACCAAAGGGUAAAUGUAACCAUGAACUGGUUAUCGACCUUUUGAUACAAUUAGAUGGCGUUUUACGGUUACAAGAUGGACCGAUACAAAAUGAGGGCAGACUAGAAAUAUAUCACGAUGAAGAAUGGAGAGCAAUAUGUGAUCAUAAAUGGAAUACAUUUCCUCAGAAUGCACACGUUGCAUGUCGUCAACUUGGUUAUAAAGGCGGAUCAAGUCGAACAGCUGGAUAUUUAGAACGGUCUAGAAGUCUUAAGUUUUGGAUGGACGAUAUAAAGUGUCUCGGUAACGAAACUCACAUACAGGACUGUUCCUUUAGAGGUUGGGGAAUUGAGAACUGUUACUACUACUUUGACCAAAUUUAUGUAGCAUGCGACGAAUAUAAAGGUGGUUCUGACCAGUACGAGGGCCGACUGGAGGUAUAUCACGCCGGUCAAUGGGGCUCUGUCUGUAUUUAUCGAUGGGAUAACUUUGUGUUAAAUGCCCAUGUAGCCUGCCGACAGCUCGGUCACACUGGUGGUUCGUUCAGACCAGUCACUGUCACAGAGCGAGGUGAGGGACAGUUCUGGUUGGACGGCAUUGAAUGCAACGGCGAUGAAGUUAAUUUGAACGAUUGUAAUUUCAACGGUUUGGGGAGUGAGAACUGCUCCCAUUCCGAAAACGACGACGUAUUCCUUCAGUGUAAUCCUAACGAAGGGGCUGUGCAGCUUGUCGAUGGAACUAACCGCUACAAUGGACUUGUACAAGUUUUUAACAAUGGGAACUGGAAAUCCCUUUGCAAUGAUGUCUGGACAAACGAUAAUUUGAAUGUCGUAUGCCGGCAAUUUGGAACAACAGGAAACAGAAGCGAAGAAAGAGACUUUCCUGAUGGAUUAUACUUUUCUGGGGAUUUCCUAUGCCGAGGUUCUGAAGAAUAUAUACUGAAAUGUUUGUAUCGCGAUAGAGCAUGUUCAUCCCGUGAAAGAGUCGUGGUGACAUGUGGAAUUCCAGCUUCUUCUCGAAAUGGAAGGUGUGAUAUUGACUUACAAGAGACCUGUGAAGAAACUCUUACGUGUCAGGAGGUUAACGGAUUUGGCAGAUGUGUAUGUAAUGACGAAUCUUUUUGGGAUGGAAGUACAAACAAAUGCAAAGACAAGUUUCUGUUCAAUGAAAUGUGUGAUCCGCUCAUCGAUGACGUAUGUACCAGCGACUUGUCAUGUAAACCUACAAAUGGAUCCACAACAUUAAAGUGCCUAUGUCAGGAGAUUAGAUUCUGGGACAUCUCUAUCAAGAAAUGUCGUAGAAGAACCAGUUUGCAAGGAAUAUACGUCAAAGACAGGAUGAAUAUCACUGAUGCAAUAGCAAUUUGUGAAAAUAAUUAUGAAGGACAAUUGGCUACAGAGGAACAUCGUCUACAUGUAUUCCCGAAAUGCAUGGACUUUGCCGAAGACAUCUGGGUCAUGGACACAUCAUUUUUUAUGGCAGAAAAUCUCUCUGAGAGCUGUGCGAAAGUUAAACCAAGACGAGGGAAUUGA